AUGUCUGACUCGUUAUUCGAUGUUUUCGGGGAGACUCCCAAUGAAGACUUUGAGCUCCCUCCAGAAGCAUUAGAAGAAUCUGAAAACGAAAAAUCAGUUGUGAAGAAUUCUGGCACCAAACGUUCUAAUGGCGAUGAUGCAGAGCAGCUCCAGAAUUCAGAUAUUUCAUCUUCCAAGAAGGUCAAGAUGGGAAUCACUUUGAUCGAGGAUAAGAAGAAUAAAUCAGUUGUCAUCCCAGUUGUAGCGGAUGCUUUCGAAAGGGAGGCAUCUCGUGAAGUCGAAGCAUCUGCAGGGCUCGGAAAUACCCAAACGGUCCAACUUGAAAGCGAUGGUAAAGUGAAAUUGAGGCAUCAGGUUAGACAUCAAGUUGCUCUUCCACCUAAUUAUGAUUACAAGCCGAUUGGUGACCAUGUUAGAACCAACGAAGCACGUACUUAUCCGUUCACUUUAGAUCCUUUCCAAGAUACGGCAAUUUCGUGUAUCGAUCGCAUGGAAUCUGUUUUAGUUUCUGCCCAUACUUCUGCCGGUAAGACAGUCGUUGCGGAAUAUGCAAUUGCCCAAUCAUUGAGGGAAAAACAGAGAGUCAUCUAUACAUCUCCAAUUAAAGCUUUGUCAAAUCAAAAAUAUAGAGAAUUGUUGGCUGAAUUUGGAGAUGUUGGCCUAAUGACUGGUGACAUUACCAUCAAUCCUGAUGCUGGUUGUUUGGUUAUGACGACUGAAAUUUUAAGAAGUAUGCUUUACAGAGGUAGUGAAGUCAUGAGAGAAGUUGCAUGGGUUAUUUUCGAUGAAGUGCAUUAUAUGAGAGAUAAAGAAAGAGGUGUUGUUUGGGAAGAAACUAUUAUCUUACUACCUGAUAAGGUUCAUUAUGUUUUCCUUUCAGCUACUAUUCCAAAUGCUAUGGAAUUUGCGGAAUGGAUCUGUAGAAUUCACUCCCAACCAUGUCACAUUGUUUACACGGACUUCCGUCCAACCCCAUUACAACAUUAUUUAUUCCCAGCUCAUGGUGACGGUAUCCAUCUCGUGGUUGAUGAAAAGGGUACUUUUAGAGAGGAAAAUUUCCAGAAAGCGAUGGCUUCAAUAAGCAACCAGACUGGAGACGAUGUCCACACUAUCAAUGGCAGAGGUAAAAAGGGGCAGUCGUAUAAAGGUGGCGCAGCUAAAGGUGAUGCAAAAGGGGAUAUAUACAAAAUUGUGAGGAUGAUCUGGAAGAAAAAAUAUAAUCCUGUUAUUGUUUUCUCGUUCAGUAAGCGUGACUGUGAAGAAUUGGCUUUGAAGAUGUCUAAAUUAGACUUUAACUCUGAGGAAGAGAAGGAAGCCCUUACCAAGAUCUUUAAGAAUGCAAUCGAUCUUCUUCCUGAAUCAGACAGAGAACUUCCUCAGAUUAAACACAUUUUGCCAUUGUUAAGGAGAGGUAUCGGUAUACAUCAUUCUGGCUUGCUACCUAUUCUAAAAGAAGUUAUUGAAAUUCUCUUCCAAGAAGGGUUUUUAAAGGUCUUGUUUGCUACUGAAACGUUUUCCAUUGGGCUUAAUAUGCCAGCCAAGACCGUUGUAUUCACGAGUGUUAGGAAAUGGGAUGGUCAACAGUUCCGUUGGGUGUCUGGUGGUGAAUAUAUUCAAAUGUCUGGUCGUGCCGGUCGUCGUGGUUUAGACGACCGUGGUAUUGUCAUUAUGAUGAUCGAUGAAAAGAUGGAACCUCAAGUCGCUAAAGGUAUGGUAAAAGGCCAAGCCGACAGAUUGGACUCCGCUUUCCAUUUGGGUUAUAAUAUGAUUUUGAAUCUAAUGCGUGUGGAAGGUAUUUCUCCAGAGUUCAUGUUAGAAAAUUCAUUCUUCCAGUUCCAAAACGCUAUUUCUGUUCCAGUCAUGGAAAAGAAGGUAGCCGAAUUAACGUCAGUACUGGAAUCCAUCAAAGUUGAUGAUGAACCAGCUGUGAAAGAAUACUAUGAAAUCCGAAAAACGUUGGAUGGGUAUAACGAAGAUGUGCGUACCAUUAUUACACACCCUGCCAAUUCUUUAGCUUUCUUGCAACCUGGUAGACUAAUAAAUGUGAAAAUUGACAACAAAUAUGAUUACGGGUGGGCAGCUGUUGUCGAUUUUGUCAAGAGAACUAACAAACGUAACCCUACCGCAGUCUAUUCUGAUGAAGAGUCCUACAUUGUUAAUGUUGUCGUCAAUACUAUGUAUGCUGACUCGCCGAUCAACUUGAUCAAACCAUUUAAUCCAACUUUCCCCGAAGGUAUCAGACCUGCUGAACAAGGAGAGAAAUCAACUUGUACCAUCAUUCCUAUAACUCUCUCCUCAAUCCAGUCUAUCGGAAAUAUAAGGUUGUACAUGCCAAAUGAUAUCAAGGCUGAAAGUCAACAAGCAACAGUAGGGAAAACUCUCAGAGAAGCUUUGCGUCGUUUCCCAGAUGGUGUACCGAUUGUUGAUCCAGUGAAGAACAUGAAAAUUGACGACGAUGACUUCUUAAAGCUUCUAAAGAAGAUCGAAGUAUUGGAAGGAAGGUUAUACUCAAACCCAUUGACAAAUACUGUUAGAUUAAGAGAGCUUUAUGAGAAAUACUCAAACAAGGUGGCCAUUGAGGCAGACAUCAAGAAUUUGAAGCAUAAAAUCAACGAGGCACAAGCUGUCAUCCAAUUAGACGAUUUGCGUCGCAGGAAGAGGGUUUUACGUCGUUUAGGGUUCUGUACACAGUCCGAUAUCAUAGAGUUGAAGGGGCGUGUUGCCUGCGAAAUUUCCUCGGGUGAUGAGUUGUUAUUGACAGAAUUAAUCUUCAAUGGUAAUUUCAACGAGUUAUCCCCUGCUCAAGCUGCUGCUCUUUUAUCAUGUUUCGCAUUCCAAGAGCGUUGCAAAGAGGCCCCAAGGUUGAAGCCUGAACUUGCGGAGCCAUUGAAAGCAAUGAGAGAAGUAGCAGGUAAAAUUGCUAAAAUAAUCAAAGACUCCAAAAUUGAAUUAGUCGAAAAAGAGUAUGUUGAAAGUUUCAGGCAUGAGCUUAUGGAGGUGGUAUAUGAGUGGUGCCAAGGUGCAUCAUUUACUCAAAUUUGCAAAAUGACAGAUGUUUAUGAAGGUUCCCUCAUCAGAAUGUUCAAAAGAUUAGAAGAGAUGAUCAAGGAACUAAUCGAUGUGUCUAAAACAAUUGGUAAUGCUACAUUAAAGGAAAAGAUGGAAGCGGCAUUAAACCUCAUUCACAGAGAUAUUGUCUCUGCUGGCUCGUUGUAUCUAUGA